AUGGUGGGUCAGUGGGGUUCUGGGGAGCCCCACACCCCGUCCAGUGCCCCACAGCCCAGCGCCCCCCGUCCAGCGCCCCACACCCCGCACCGCCCCCUGUCCAGUGCCCCCCAGCCCAGCGCCCCCCUGUCCAGUGCCCCCCAGCCCAGCGCCCCCGUCCAGCGCCCCAUCCCAGCACCCCUGUCCAGCAUCCCCUGUCCAGCGCCCCCCAGCCCAGCGCCCCCGUCCAGCGCCCCCCAGCCCAGCCAACAGAGUGGACAAGUAGAGACACACCACCACACAGAGGGAAAGACUCCAAGAGGAAGAUGA